AUGGCGAUGACGGACCUUCAACUCUUCCAGGCCCACUGCCUUUCCUUUGUCGUGGGAAUUCAACUUCAUGUUUUCGUCUUCCGCAUCGGAGAAUGGGAUAUCUCGACCACGACACUGAUCCGGAAUUUCUCUCUGGGCAUCGGACUGCUCACCGCGGCCCUUGUCCAGCUGGCCUCUGAGACUUUCCCUACGAAUGCGGCCGCAUUCAGAACAGCAUGCUCCCUCACAGCCGCCCUGAUCGCAGGUAUUUACUCCAGUUUGUUCGUGUACCGCGCGGGCUUUCACCGGCUCAAUUCCUUCAACGGGCCGUGGAUGGCCCGCAUGUCGAACCUGUACAUCACGAGACGCGCGCUCAAGAAGCUGCACUUGUACUCGGAAGUGCAAGAUCUUCACAACACGUACGGUGAUAUCGUACGAAUUGGCCCGACUGAGUUGUCUAUCAACAACCCCAAGGCUAUCAUGCCAAUUCAUUCCAACAGAUCACCAUGCACCAAGGGUCCGUGGUACGGAGUUCUGCAUCCCAUGUACUCCCUGCAGCUUGUUCGCGAUAAGCAAGAGCAUUCUGUUCGGCGCAAGGCCUGGGAUCGUGGGUUCAGCUCGAAAGCCCUACGAGACUAUGAGUUCCGAGUUGCCAACUACACCAAUCAGCUUCUUGAUCAGAUUGAGGCCCACAAGGGCAAGCCGUUCAACAUUGCCGACUGGUUCAACUUUUACAGCUUCGACGUAAUGGGCGACUUGGCAUUUGGCAAGACUUUUGGGAUGUUGAAGGAGGGCAUUAAGCACUACUUCAUGACUUCCCUGCAUACGGACAUGCAGGCUAUUGGGUCAUUCAGCCAUAUGCUGUGGUUGUUCCCUAUCUUCAAGAACACUCCGAUCUUGAAUGCAAACAACAAGAGGUUCUGGAAGUUUGUCACUUCUCAGGUGGAUGAGAGAAUCGCGAAUCCUCCCGACCGCCCGGAUGUUUUCUCGUGGGUCCUGGAAGACUACCAGGCCAUUAAGAAACCCACUUGGCAAGACACUUUAAAUCUAUAUGGAGACGCAUAUCUGAUCAUCGUUGCUGGAAGCGAUACAACAGCCGCAUCCCUUACUUGCCUCUUUUUCGAAUUAGCCCAGAAGCCAGACGUCUACGAGCGCCUAAGGGAUGAGAUUGACAAGUACUUUGCUGAACAUUCCGAACCCGAGCACUCCGCACUCUCGAAGUUGCCGUACCUGCAGGCAUGCAUCGACGAGGCGCUGAGGCUGCACCCGCCCGUGCCGUCCGGCGUGCAAAGGAUGACGCCACCCGAGGGCCUCGAUAUUGACGGGACGUUUAUCCCGGGCAAUACCAUCAUUCAAGUGCCGACGUACACAAUGUUUCGAGAUGAACGUAUCUUUCCGCACGCCAGCGAGUUCAUCCCAGAGCGAUGGAUUACACAACCAGAACUGGCCAAGGAUCCUGCAGCCUUCGUCCCCUUUGGCACCGGCAAGUAUUCGUGCGUCGGCAAACAGCUCGGGCUGAUGGAGGUUCGAUACUGCGCGAGCCAGAUCAUUCACCGAUAUGACGUGGCAUUCGCGCCGGGCCAGACGGCAGAGGCCUUUAUUGAGGGCAAGAAGGACGGGUUCACGUUGUCGCUGCCGGAGUUGGAAGUGAUUUUCAAUCGGAGGGAGGCCGGUAAACAAACCGCAUAA